GGAUGUAAUGGACACAGAACGACGAGGACGGCGGCGGCGGCGGUUGGACACUGUACCGAGCACCCGCACAGUUCUCAAAUAGACCGGGCCCAAAUCCUUUCCGAAACGCCCAUGAAAUUCGCCGCGAGCAAAAUAUAAACCCACUCCUGCCCUUCCUCCAACUCCUCCGUUCCCCGUUCCCUCCUCUACCACUGGCCCCGGCACCGCGGGAGCGCCGACCGCCUGCUCGUCUCGCCGCAGCCCGUCCCUGUCGGAACCCUAGCGGCCGCCAUUGCCCACGCGCUGCGCGCCCGAUGGACGGCGGGGGCUCCGGGCCGGCGCCCAACGCCGCGCACACCGCGGAAGAGGUCUUCCGCGACUACAAAGCCCGCCGCGCCGGCAUGAUCAAGGCACUCACCACCGAUGUGGAGAGGUUCUUCAAGCUCUGUGACCCCGAAAAGGAGAACUUGUGCCUCUAUGGCUAUCCCGAUGAGACAUGGGAGGUUACCUUGCCAGCUGAGGAAGUGCCCCCAGAGAUCCCUGAACCAGCAUUAGGAAUCAACUUUGCUAGGGAUGGCAUGAAUGAGAAGGACUGGCUGGCGCUAGUUGCAGUCCACAGUGAUUCCUGGUUACUAUCUGUCGCAUUCUACUUUGGUGCACGGUUUGGAUUUGACAGAGAAGCUAGGAGGCGGCUCUUUAGCCUGAUAAACAACAUGCCCACGAUAUUUGAGGUGGUGACGGGAGCAGUCAAGAAGCAGCAGGCAAAGGAGAAGACACCUAACAGUAGCAGCAAGAGCAACAAGCCUAGUUCAAAAGUGCAGUCAAGAGCAGAGUCUCGAUCGAAGGCUAAGGUCCCCAAAGACGAAGAAGAGAGCGGUGACGACGACGGGGACGAGGAGGCGGAGGAGCACGACAACACCCUGUGUGGAACCUGCGGGACCAACGACGGCAAGGACCAGUUCUGGAUCUGCUGCGAUAACUGUGAGAAGUGGUACCAUGGGAAGUGUGUCAAGAUCACGCCCGCACGGGCCGAGCAUAUCAAGCAGUACAAGUGCCCAGACUGCACCAACAAGAGGGUCAGGGCGUGAGCAACCGAUGCGACCUUGCUAGGAAGGAAAGGAAGAAACGACCUCCUUGGCGCCAAGAUAUGGCGUGUAGUUCCCUAGUCUGUAAGCCUGCAUUUUUCAUUUAUGGUUGUUUUAUCUGUUGAUUAGCUGUUCGACCUAGCAUUGUCUAAUGCGUGGCAUGUCUCAUGUGCUGAGUGUUGACAUUGCCAUGGGCCCCGCCCUCUAGUCUGUAAACGUUGUCACUGAAGGUACCUCUCGGCUGACCAUUUCUCCAUUGUUGGUGUUGUGCAAUGAGUAGUGAACGUAGUAGUCUUAGCA